AGCAAUUAGAUAGACACACCUCCAAGCUGUUUUUGGAAUACUAUCAUCUUACACUGCUGCUGCUGAUGCUGCUCUAGCAUGUUUCAUUGUGCUUAGGUCUCUGCAAUAUAUAUUUUGAGGGAACAUCAGAGUGAGAAAACUGAAAGGUCAAAGAAGCAGAAGGAACAGACACAGCGACCUGCAACUGUGUGAAGAAGCAUGGGGUGGAAACAAAACUGUUGCUUGCUGAUGGUUGCAGCCAUCGGGGCAGUGCUGGCCAUCCUUGGAGGCAUUCUGAUUCCAGUUGGAAAUGAUCUCCUUGAGAAGAAAAUAAAAAUGGAAGCAGUCAUUGAAAAUGGUACAGUUUCCUAUGAGAACUGGGUUGUUCCUGGGAGUCCAGUCUACAGACAGUUUUGGUUAUUUGAUGUACAAAACCCAGAGGAUGUGAUGGAGAAUGGUUCUAAUCCAAUACUUCAGCAGAAAGGCCCUUACACUUACAAGAUGCGAUAUAGACCCAAAGAAAACAUCACUGAACACGAAAAUGACACUCUGUCCUACUUCCUGCCAAAUAUUGUUCUCUUUCAACCUGAUAUGUCAGUUGGGCCAGAAAAUGACACAGUCACCACAGUCAACCUUGCUAUUGUGGCUGCAUCUGCUAAGUUUACAACUGGACUAGUUCUGGCAAUGAUGGAUCUCUGGAUGAAAUCAUCAAAAUCAAAAUUCCUCCAAACUAGAACUGUGAAAGAAAUACUUUGGGGCUACGAAGAUCCCUUCCUGAAAAGAAUUCCAAUGGUAAAAAUUAAUAAAGUUGUUGGAGUAUUCUAUCCUUACAAUGAAACACUUGAUGGCCCUUACAGAAUUUACAGUGGGAAAGAUGAUAUAAGCAAGAAAGGAAUUAUCUUCACUUUUAAUAAUAGCAGGACUAUUAAAUACUGGCCAAGCUAUUGUGGUAUGGUGAAUGGCACUGAUGGGGCAUCGUUCGCCCCUUUUGUCAAGAGGAGUGAAGUGCUGAGUUUCUUUUCCUCAGAUAUUUGCAGGUCACUCUAUGGAACAUAUGAUAGUGACCAGACAGUGAAAGACAUCCUACUUUAUCGCUUCAUUAUCCCGCCAUCGGCUUUUGCUUCACCUCUUUCUAAUCCUGAUAAUAAGUGCUUCUGCUUGAAAGAGGAGGCAAGUCAGAGGUGUAUAUUUAGUGGAAUUAUGGAUAUCAGCCCUUGCAAAGAAGAAAAACCAGUCAUCAUCUCCUUGCCCCAUUUCCUGCAUGGGAGUAAGGUCCUUUUUCAAUUUGUUGAAGGAAUGAAGCCAAAUGUGGAAGAGCAUACAACCUUUCUGGAUGUGGAACCUAACACAGGAUUUACCCUGCACUUUGCCAAAAAAUUACAGAUUAAUCUAUUAGUGAAACCGAAUGCAAAAAUCACAGCACUAAAAAAUAUUAAGCAUGAGUUUAUCUUUCCUAUUCUGUGGCUGAAUGAGACGGCUAUUAUCAGUGAUGAAAAAGCAGGAGUUUUCCGAUCAAAAGUGACCAGCAAAAUCAAGAUGUUGCACCUCAUUCAAAUGUUGCUAAUUAUCAUUGGUUCCCUAAUGUUCCUGGGAUUCCUGAUUGCAUUUUUCAUAUGCAAAGGAAAGAGUCCCAAAUAAGGUGCUGCUGAUGAAGGCAACCAUUUCUUCCCAUUUCAAGCAAAAUAAGAGAGAGGAGUUGCCUUUGUGGCAUUGUUGGCUGUGUUCUAUAAAUGCAAAUAUCCUGAGGAAUAAGCCUGCAGUACAGCCAGGCCAGUGAAGGAUAAGUCUCUUGACAACUAGAAGCCCAUGGACAUUCAGAUGAGCUGUUUUCACACCACCAGAAAGACUGGCAUGACACUUCUGGGGCUCUCUGAAUAAAAUCCCAUUUUCACUCCCUUCAAAAUGGAGCUCCAAUUUGGAUUUGAGCAGCUCCUGCUGAUUAUGCAACCGUGCCACUUUCCCCCCUGAUUCUUAGCAUGCUGGGAAUUAAAAAAUUGGAACUGAAGUUAUAGAACUGAACUGCUGGGCUCAUCCCGCCCUUGAAAAUAAUGUGCAUUUUUGUUGUUGUUGUUUGCCUCCCACUCCUCAGAAGAAAAGAACCCUGCUGUUUUUGUCUUCAAAAGCUGUGACUUUUUUUGAAGGCGAGGAAGAAAGACCAAUAAUUGUAGAAUAUUAAUUGCUAGUAAAGGAUUUACCAAAAAG